GAGGCAGGAAGAGUUGGCAAAAGAGUGGCAGAGAAGAUAAGGAGGCAGAGCUGCCAAGGGGGCACAGGAAGGAGGGGCCGUCUUGAGAUUGGAGAGCUCUGCCCUGCCCCCUCCAUGCAGUUUCCCAUGGGCCCCGCCUGCAUCUUCUUGAGGAAAGGCAUCGCCGAGAAACAGCGGGAAAGACCACUGGGACAAGAUGAAAUUGAAGAGCUCCGGGAAGCAUUUCUUGAGUUUGACAAAGAUCGAGAUGGGUUCAUCUCUUGUAAAGAUUUGGGGAAUCUCAUGAGGACAAUGGGUUACAUGCCCACAGAGAUGGAGCUGACUGAACUGGGCCAGCAAAUCCGGAUGAACCUGGGUGGCCGUGUCGACUUUGAUGACUUUGUGGAGCUGAUGACCCCCAAGCUGCUUGCAGAAACAGCUGGGAUGAUCGGUGUCCAGGAGAUGCGAGAUGCCUUCAAGGAAUUUGACGCCAACGGAGAUGGGGAGAUCACCCUGGGGGAGUUGCAACAGGCCAUGCAGAGGCUGCUGGGAGAGAGGCUCACCCCCCGGGAGAUCUCCGAGGUCGUCCAGGAAGCUGAUGUUAAUGGAGAUGGCACCGUUGACUUUGAAGAGUUUGUGAAGAUGAUGUCUCGUUGA